AUGGCUGGCGGUGGAGGUAAAUACCGUCAUCUGAGCCGCAACUCCGCGCAUCGACAGGCCCUGCUCCGAAAUCUGGUCACCUCCCUCUUCCAGCAUGAGUCAAUUACAACGACAUGGGCCAAGGCCAAGGAGGCUCAGCGCCUGGCUGAGAAAUUGAUUACCCUGGGCAAGAAGAAUACUGAAGCGAGUCGGCGACGAGCAUUGGAGAUUUUCUACACACCUCACGAUAUGCUCCCCAAACUCUUCGGACCCCUCCGGGAACGCUACGCAGACCGACCAGGUGGCUACACACGAGUCCUGCGCAUAGAACCCCGCGAAAAGAACGAGUAUUUCUCCGUCAAGAAGGGCGACAAAAACGCCGUCCCCGAGCGCAAACCCCAGGUCAAGGCUCCCACCGCCAUCCUCGAGCUGGUUGAUGGACCCAAGGACAUGCGGUUUGCCAUGACAGCACGUACGGUGGCACGCGAGCGCGAGCAGGGUCGGGAUUUGGUGCAUCAGCUCACGAGGUUGAACGUGAAGAAGGUCACACAGUUCAGGAAGGACGGUGUUGAGGUCUUGGAGGAGGCUAUUGCUAAGCUUACUCUUGCUAAGAAGGAGGGAGACAAGAAGGAGGCUACGAAGGCUGAUAAGGAGGAGGUGACGGUUUAG